AUGCCUCCAGCAAAGAAGGCGAAGGCGAUGGCCGGGAAGAAGGACCUUGAUGCCCCAGGCCUCGGCGAUCUUCCGCCGUCGUCGUACGACCCCAACAUCGAACACUUCAAGAUGAUCGAAGCCUCUAUCUCGGAGAUCAAGGCCCAUCCCGUGUUCGGUCCGAACAUCGACUACGUGGACCCCUUGCCCCUGGUUCCUGCCGAUCAGAAUGAUCUAGCAGGGUUCCUGGCGCCGCUGGAUCGCCGGCAGUUGGAGCUGUCGCGCGACAGCGGUUCGGAAUACUUCUGUGGCGUGAACAUUCUAUGGGGCAGUCCUCUAGAAUCCAUCACGCCGGGCGUUCCUAUCAUGACUAAAGCUGUUGCAGACCUCGUCAAGCGUCUGUUGGCCAGGGGGCCCAAGAUUCUGGAGGAUCGUCUGGAAUUUGUGUUUCCUGGCCCUACAGACAGAAGAUGGCGCAGAUGCUCUCCGGAAGAGCAGCAGCAUGCCGUCAUCAUGGCCGUCCACGAGAAAAUCCUCAUGGGUGCACCGGACUCCGAGCUGUUGGAAUGGAAGCGGGUGAUGCUAUCCUGCCCCGCCAACUUUGUGCACCUCGCCACGGAGCAGGAUGUCUACUUCUACACGAUCAACAAGCGCUUCAAAGCCGAGGCCGAUCAGAAGGCCAUCACCCACAAGACGACCCAAAUGAUCUUCGAUGUGUGGAAUUUCAAGGUCAGGAAGGAGGUCUUCACAGGCCCGCUCACUGCCGACGACGUCGCCACGUUGUAUGGCAGGAACUUGAUUCAAGUUAGUCGUCGCUCCAGCGGUGGUGGAGCUAAUCAUGAUGACAAGGACCGCAGCAAGCCUGGAACGAUCAAGGCUUGCCUCCAGGUGUAUGAGCGCAUGCUUGCACACGAGCCCUUGCGCCAGAUCGUUUUGGCCUCCGAACAGGAGUUCCUGGACGACUCUCGUUUUGCGGGCGUCUACAAGCUGCAGGAGAUGUGCAAGUUGUGCAAGGACCACGUGCUCAAGUUGGAGUGGUUGCUGGGCACGAUCUCCGCCCGCUUCACGGCUGGGACGUUGCACGAUUUCAGCAUGCGAAAUCUUGCGACGGCAGGCACGAAGCAGUAUGGCCUGGUGUUCCUGAAGCAGCGUGAGAUGAAGCUUUGGCUACUGGGCCCUUUCCUGGAUAGCAGGAACAUUGUGGCCGACUGCAAGUCCAAGCUGAGGGAGGUCUUCGCCUCCAGAGAUUCCUACAUGAAGCUGUUGCGGCCGCUGGUGCCGGAGGAGGCAGAGAACAUUGACGUGUCCUGGCAAGCAACUUGGCCCAAAUCCGGGCUGCUGGUACUGGAACUUGUGGAGACAGCCUGUUUCAGCGUAGACGCAACGGAUGAGAGCACCAUCCGCCUGGGCAUUAAAAAUGCCAAAAGCGGGCAGGAGUUGCUUGAAGAGUAUUCUCCGUUUAAGGACGCGAUUCUUGAGAUCGACACUUGCCUGAAGGAGGAGCUCAAGGCCAUCAACGAUGCAGGGAAGUCGCAGGACCCCGAUCCCGAGCCGGACCAGGCACAGAAGAUUCCGAACCCGUCCGGAGCAGCCCCGUCCAGAACUUCAGACACGGACGAGGCCAUGGCGGAAGGCACGGAUCCGGAGAGCAAGCGUCUGGCUCACGCCAAGCGGAUCAUGUCCUCCUACCUCGUGCUCGAGUCCGAGGACGACAAGAAAACGUCUGGAGCCCUGGCUGCCGCCCUGAAGAAGCACAAGCUGGUGCAAGUGGACACCGCGAGCAUGAGUGGGAAUCUGAUCAUUGUCAUGGAUGUGAAUGGGUGGGGUGAGGCAAUCACCGCCCCGCACAUUCGCCGACCCCCGAUUCAGCAAAGCAUCCUGAACAAGAUCUUCGAGGCUAUUGGGCUUGCACGUCGCGGAGCUUCGGACUGGAAGACGAUGGCCCCUGGGGAGAUUGUGGUUUGCCUCAACGGUGGGCGCUCGAACAACAGCUUCAUGUCCAAGCUGUUCGGUGUUGGCCCGGGCGUGGGUCGUUCGAAGUCCCGGGGAAGCAACAUCAUGUGGCGCGAGAUCACAACUACCUUUACCCCGGAGUCCGUGCAGAGCCGGCGGGUUCGCACCUCGAGGAAAGCUUUGGCGUCCCUGAAGUGCUCGCAGAAGAUGUUUUGGUGGUUCGAUGCGGCCACGGAUAUCCCGGUGAAGUCCUACAAGCACUGCCAAGGCUAG